AUGCCUGCGACGAACGGUCCCAACGCCAGCGCGGGUGUGCUCGACUACCGGAAGGCUGUCGAGCUCCUCCAGGAGUACGAGCACCGAGAUGGCCUCAGUGUGGACGAACUCAUGGACUCUAAGGUCCAUGGCGGUUUGACAUACAACGACUUCUUGGUGCUCCCUGGCUACAUUGGCUUUCCCGCCUCUGCCGUCGCGCUCGAUUCGCCUAUCACCAAGAAGAUCACCCUGAAGACGCCUUUGGUUUCCUCGCCCAUGGACACGGUCACUGAGCAUGACAUGGCGAUCCACAUGGCGCUCCAGGGUGGUCUUGGUGUCAUCCAUCACAACUGCGCCCCCGAGGCGCAAGCCGACAUGGUGCGGAAGGUCAAGCGGUACGAAAACGGCUUCAUCUUGGAUCCUGUCGUCAUUCAGCGGGAGACAACCGUGGGUGAGGCUAUCGCCUUGAAGGAGAAGUGGGGCUUUGGUGGUUUUCCGGUCACAGAAUCCGGCAAGCUAGGUUCCAAGCUCCUAGGUAUUGUCACAAACCGUGACAUUCAGUUCGAGGACGAUCUGAGCAAGCCAGUGUCCAAUGUCAUGGUUACCGACCUCAUCACGGCCCCGGCUGGCGUUACCCUGGCCCAAGCGAACAAGAUCCUUGCCGAGUCCAAGAAGGGCAAGCUUCCGAUUGUUGACGAAGAGGGGAACCUCGUCUCGAUGAUCUCUCGCUCCGAUUUGACCAAGAACCUUGACUUUCCUCUCUCCUCAAAGACAGCCGAUUCCAAGCAGCUCAUCUGCGCUGCUGCCAUCGGCACCCGGCCCGAGGAUAAGAUUCGUCUGGCGAAGCUGGUCGAUGCUGGUUUGGACAUCGUUGUCCUUGACAGUAGCCAGGGUAACAGCAUGUACCAGAUUGAGAUGAUCAAAUGGGUCAAGAAAGAGUUCCCUGACCUCGAAGUCAUUGGCGGCAACGUUGUGACUCGGGAACAGGCUGCCUCUUUGAUUGCCGCUGGCGUCGAUGGUCUCCGUAUCGGCAUGGGUAGCGGGAGUGCCUGCAUCACCCAAGAAGUCAUGGCCGUUGGUCGCCCUCAGGCCACAGCCGUCCACAGCGUCAGCGCGUUUGCCGCCAAGUUUGGCGUGCCUUGCAUCGCUGAUGGCGGUAUUCAGAACGUUGGGCACAUUGUCAAGGGUCUUGCCCUAGGUGCCUCGACUGUCAUGAUGGGCGGUCUUUUGGCUGGCACCACCGAGUCUCCUGGUACCUCAUUCGUGUCCCGGGAGGGCAAGCUCGUCAAGGCCUACCGUGGCAUGGGCAGCAUCGACGCCAUGCAGGACAAGAAGGCUGGUGCCGGCGCCAAGGACAGCCAGAAGAGCAAUGCUGGCACUGCUCGUUACUUCUCGGAAGGCGACAGCGUCCUGGUUGCACAGGGUGUUUCUGGCUCGGUAGCACACAGAGGAUCAAUCUCCAAGUUCCUUCCGUACCUUGCUGCCGGCCUCAAGCACUCCAUGCAGGACUGCGGUAUGACUAGCCUGAAGGAGCUCCAUGAAUGUGUCGCCAAUGGCACCGUAAGGUUUGAGAUUCGCACCGCCAGCGCGCAGCUGGAGGGCGGUGUAAACAUGGAAUCCUACGAGAAGAAGCUCUACGCUUAG